AUGCAUCAAACAAAUAUAAAUGAAGCCGACGAAAAGGAAAAGAAUUGGUGGUUGAGUAGAGAUUCUUUAGGUUCUCUGGGUGUUGAAGAGGAAAGAUUACCUCUGGUUGUAGCAAGAGAUGUAACAUUUAGUCAGUUCGCAAAACGAGUUGAGAUUAUUAAGGCCAGGAGGUUUUUUGACUAUCAUAAUGGAACUAUAACAAUUAUUGAGUUACCAACUGGCGAACACGAAGUUACACACACCAAAUUUAGUUAUCAGUUUAAAAGUGCAUUCAAUAACGCACUAGCACAAGAUGAUAUAGAGAACUGGGGUGCAAAAAGUUUAUACACUAAUCUUCUAUCAGAUGAAUAUGAAGAGCCGGACGCAUGCUUUAUACCCAAACGUCUACUCGAUCCACUGAACCCAGCACAAAAUCCUU